CUGCAAAGUUAACCAAGACGAAGAGAUGGAUGGAUCUCAUUGAUCCUUUCUUCUUUCCGGCCACGAGUUCCCGAUCACUAAUCGUCUUGAAACCGUCGCGUCAACUUGUUCGGCCUAAAUCGUUAGAACUUUUUGUGAUUUCCAAAUUUUUAUUUUUAUUUCGGCAAACAUUUCAAGUUACUAUUUCGUUUUAAUACUUAUUGUGUAAGUGUGUUGUUGUUAUUAAUAAUAGUUGUUGGUGUUCGUGUAAUCAGACUUUAAAUUUAAAGAUCAUUCGAAAUCAGACACGAACAAUGAUCCUGAGACUGUCGCUGAUAUUUUGCUUGCUGGCAUGCAACUUGGCCGAAGAAGUUGACGUCGUCGAAGCCGUGUCCGGGACAUCGCAGUCGAUCGACGACUUGUUGCAGUCCGACCAACAGCACGUGCAGUCGUCGGCACAGAAGCGCGAGGACGUGGAGACGCACAACCCCGACCAGCUAGCCAUGGAGACCGGCGACGACAUUGACGACCAGGACACGUCCGGUUCCAUAGCUAAGCACAACUACUUGAAACCACAGUCCGCGCCGAUCCGCGGCCACUUGCCACUGAACCGUGGACCACCGCCGCCGCAACAGCCACAGCAGCAACAGCAACAGCAACAGCCGUCCGGUAAAUACCAUCACAACGUGGGAUACCUGGGACCGCCGCCACCACCGCCGUCACAGCAACAGCAGCAACAGCAACAGCAACAGCAACAGCAGCAGCUGCAAGCGGCCCAGCAAUCGGAGGCCAUGGAUAAGGUGUACUCGGCCGGUCCGGUGGGCAACGCGCUAGGAGACCCGUGGCCGAACAGCGCGUCCGCCGACAUGCCCAAGAUCGUGUCGCUGGACGUCAAAUGCGAGAAGAACUCGAUGAAGGUGUUCCUGAGCUUCGACAAACCGUUUUACGGGAUAGUGUUCAGCAAGGGCCACUAUAGCAACGGUAACUGCGUGCACCUGCCCGCCGGCCUGGGCAGGUCGUCCGUCAACUUCGAAAUCAGCAUACACGCGUGCGGCACGUCCGGCAACACGGAGAACGGGCUGUACGGCUACGGCGCCGACUCCGGGUCCGGCACAUACUUCGAGAACAUCAUCGUCAUCCAGUACGACCCGCAGGUGCAAGAGGUCUGGGACCAGGCCAGGAAACUCAGGUGCACGUGGCACGACCAGUACGAAAAGUCCGUCACCUUCCGGCCGUUCCCGGUCGACAUGUUGGACGUGGUCAGGGCCGAUUUCGCCGGAGACAACGUCGGAUGCUGGAUGCAAAUACAAGUCGGCAAAGGACCAUGGGCUUCCGAAGUUUCCGGAUUGGUAAAGAUUGGACAAACAAUGACCAUGGUGUUGGCGAUCAAAGACGACGACUCGAAGUUCGACAUGCUCGUGCGAAACUGCAUGGCUCACGACGGUAAACGCGCUCCCAUCCAGCUGGUGGACCAAAAGGGUUGCGUGACCCGUGGCAAGCUCAUGUCACGGUUCACGAAGAUCAAGAACUUCGGUGCGAGCGCGUCCGUGCUGUCGUACGCGCACUUCCAGGCGUUCAAGUUCCCGGAUUCGAUGGAAGUGCACUUCCAGUGCACCAUACAGAUCUGCCGGUACCAAUGCCCAGACCAGUGUUCCGACUCGAACGCCAUACUGAACGCGCAGCAUGGCAACCUGCUGUCCGCGCACCACCCGGCCAUCCACAGCUCCGAGUACGGGCCACCACCCGCGCCGCUGGACGUGUACGCGAGGGUCGGUUCGGCGCAUCCGCGGGACGAGAGGCGCGUUAGGCAACGGCUACAAAGGAGAUCGGCCCCCGUGGACGAGGAAGAGGUGGGCGUGAACCGCAUCAUCAAGGUGGUGUCUACUGGCGACCUAACGUUCGCGCUGGACGACUCCAGCAACUCCACCACCAUGGUGUUCCCCACCCGGACCGUCGAGCCAUCGUCCAUGAUCUGCAUGACCACGGUCGGCUUCUCCGCCACGCUGUUCGUGUUGCUGGCCAUCCUGCUCGUCUCGUGCCUGGUGUCCGCGUAUCUUUGCUUGCGCAUCAGGUCCAUGCCACAGCGCCGGAAAAACGCUCAGGUCGCUUGCACCAACCCCAAGCUGCAGCAGGUGGCCGCCACGCACAAGGCCAAGAUCAUGCACCAGGUGUUCACGUGAAUGAGACGGGAUAACGGCCACACGCAUCCGUAUACAGCGAGAGCAGAGAAAAUACCGCAAAACGAAAAGAAAAAAGAAAACUUUCCUUCUGUUCCCUUCCCCCAAAAACCCCAGACACCCGCCAGCGCACAGCUAACGCCAUAAUUAAACCAAAGCCCUUGAAAUUACAGUACGCAUAUUUAUUAUUAUUAUUAUUAUUAUUAUUUAUUAUUAAUAUUAUUAUUAUGAUUAUUGAUGUAAUAUUUACUAUAUUAUACUAUUGUGUACUAAUGACCCCUAACUUCUUUGCACGUAAAUCACGUAUGUUUUUCGUUCAUCGAUCGUGGUUCCUUCGACGCUUUGAUUUCUUUUUUUUUCGUCCGAUAGUAUUUUAAUACUAUAUGAUAUACAUUAUUAUUAUUUUUUUUUUUUAUAUGCAUGGUAGGUCGCAUAGAAAAUAUAAUAUUAUAUAUAUAUACAUUUUUUUUCGAUCGUAAUUGACACCCGGGGGAACGUAUAACCUUACAAGCCGCCACGUCAUCGAAACGCGUCCGUUUGACGCGAUCAUACUUUUCCGGUGGCGCAGACGUCCCGUUAUUAUAUUAUAUUGAGUACGUUAUAAAAUAAUACUAUUUUUUCUACCCAUUCAUUAACACCGCGUGUCGAUCAAUGCAUGAAAUACGCAACCGUUUUUCGGAAACAUAAACUUUUCAUCGUCGAGCAAGUAAAUGUUUUUUUAACCACGAAAACGUCUCCUAUGUUCGUUUACGGUGUUUACGAUAUCACAUUUAUGUCGUUUACGUUUUUAAGAUUACUUUCAUUUUGUGUAUACAAACAGUGCCAAACAAUAACGGAUGAGCCAUAUAUUAUAAAUUAUAAUAUCCGUAGUUGUAUUCAAUGAAAUUAUAAUUAUUAUUGUUAUUAUUGUUUAACUCAAUUAACGCGGUUAUAAAUCAUAAACGUGCAGUACAGGAGGUUUCGUUUACCGCAGUACCCGCGACGCGUGAAAUCCCGUUAAUCCAAUCUUGUUUAUCCGCAAUUUCAAUCGUACAACAAUAUUAUACAAAUUACGACGGUUUUCACUUGGAAAAAUUAAAUAUAAUUACCGCGACGAUAAUGCCGUUUCCAUACGGUCGUACAAGUACCCACCGCUAGCCUGUGUUUUUUAAUUUUUUUUGUAGGAUAUGUCUGUUUUCAAAGUUUAAACCAUACACGACGGGUCAUCCGCAACUAGAAUGAAUAUUGUUUAUCCAAAACUCGACCAACGAUUUCGCAUGUUUAGAUAGAGGAGAUUACAUUUGAUAUUCUGCACACAUCAUUGUGCUGAAUCUGUAUUCAUUUAUACACAAUACAAUAGUACAUAUUAAAUAUUACGUUUUAAUACUUAGUUAACAAAUACAUUAGAGAACAUAAUAUAAAUCCGUUAAAUUUCAGAAAACAAGCCAUAAUAUAUGU